AUGCCCAUCGCCAUCCCAAAGACGCCAAAGAAUGGCAUCACGAAAUUCACAAACUGCCGUCUCGUAAAGGGCGACGCUCUCGUAUCAGAAGACAUCUGGGUCAGCUCCGUCACGGGCAAGAUCAUCCACAGCCAGGCCGCCUUCUUCGACGACCUCUGCCUCCCGGAUGAGACCAUCAACUUGGGCGGCCGCAUCGUGUCGGCCGGCAUGAUUGACUGCCAGCUCAACGGCGCCUUCGGCUUCAACUUUUCCACGCUGCUCGAGGACAUGACGCAAUACGGCAAAAAGGUCCGGGAGUUGAACAGGAAACUCGUGUCUACGGGCGUUACGUCCUACGUUCCGACACUCACUAGCCAAAAGCCAGAGCUCUAUCAGGGGGCCUUGCCGUAUCUUGGAGCAUCAGGAGGUUUACAAGCAGCCCACGACGGAGCCGAAUCGCUCGGCGCGCACGUAGAGGGCCCGUUCCUGAACCCCACCAAGAACGGCAUUCACAACGUCGACGUCCUGCAGCAGGCAGAGACCUUUGACGACCUGGUCCGAUGCUACGGCGCCGACAACAUCGAGCCCAGCGCGGCCAACGGCGGCGUCAUCCCGAUUAAGAUGAUCACGGCGGCGCCGGAGCGGGGCAACAUGACCAAGAUUAUCCCUGAGCUGCGGGAACGGGGCAUCAUCUACUCCAUCGGCCACUCGGAGGCGACGUACGAGGACGCGUCGGCCGCCGUGGCAGCGGGUGCGACGAUGAUUACGCACUUGUUCAACGCCAUGCGCCCCCUUCACCACCGUAACCCGGGCGUGUUUGGCGUGUUGGGACUGGCGGAGAGCUUGGCGCGGCCGUAUUUUGGGAUUAUCUCUGAUGGUAUCCAUCUUCAUCCGACGACGAUCAAGAUUGCGUUCAAUGCGCAUCCUGAUGGAUUUAUUUUGGUGACGGACGCUAUGCAUAUGAUGGGCCUUGCGGAUGGGUCGUAUCAGUGGGUCAAUGGACAAGAUGUGAAUAACAUCAUCAAGGUCGGCUCUACGCUGUUGCUGGAGGGCACCGAUACGAUUGCUGGAAGUGCCGUCACACUGAUGGAAUGCGUCAACAACUUCCUUCGGUGGUCUGGUACAGGGAUUCCCAAGGCAUUGAAGGCCGUCACGGCAACGCCCGCGGCGAUGCUCGGUCUUCAAGGCGUCAAGGGGUCAUUGGAAGACGGGGCGGAUGCCGACUUGGUCAUCUUCUCUGAAGAGACCAGAGAGGGCGCCACGCAGUUGGUGGUAGACGAGGUUUGGAAGUCUGGGGCGUUGGUGUCGAGCAGAAAGGACGAUCAAUCGCCGAUUACGCCAUAG